UUCCUCCCCUUGCAUGGAAGGCAAGCCACCGAAGCCAGUCAGGGAUGGUGAGCAGCAUGACAUGAGCAGCUUUUCCCCGAAUAUCAGUGCGCACUAAUUUUGCUCAGCUGCAGAGCAAAUUGCCUCUCGAGACCUACCACCACCCAGUCGGCUGCGCCCAAAAGAGCUACAAAGGAUGUCUACCGGUAACAGCAGCAGGGGAACAGUGGAAAGGGAUGGUGCAGUAGCUGGCGUGAACAAGACUGUAGCAACCCAGCCGAGCUAGGCGUAUUUCGACUGGUGAGCACCGGGAAUUAACACCCUCUCUACAAAAUGCCAGCAUAAUUUGUCUUAUCGACUGGAACAACGACUUUCACUUCUACCGCUAUUUGGAUACAUUGUUGCACCCUUCAUCAUUGGUUUAGAUCAGUCUGUCCAGUGCAUCAUGCAGACAGGAGCUCACCUGCUUUUCUGUCUCAUCCUGCACUAUGUGGAAGCUGCAGAGGUGUCACAGUGCUGGCAGGGUGCGACCUAUUCAGAGGCUGUGGUCUCCCCGGCCCUGAGGAGCAGCAAUAUCUUGCGGGUGCCGGACGUGUCAUCUCUGGCGCAGUGUGCCGGGGCCUGUUGUGAUCUGCCCGGUUGUAACCUGGCCUGGCUGUUUGAGCGUCGCUGCUACAUCCUCAGCUGCCAGCAGAGGGAGAACUGCCAGCCCAGACAGAGACCUGGAGCUGAUUCCUAUAUGGCCUUCCUGCAGAGAGGACCCCCCCAGACCCUGCUGCUCCAGUCUCUGGUCAGGGGGGAGCCCUAUCCCAGUCGCUGGAGGCCCCACCCCUCUGGGGACGUGGAGGCACUGAAGGACCUAGCCCUGUUAGAUGGGCCCCAGACGGAUUUUGGUGACCCAGGUGGGAUGGAUUUGGAAUACCCUGAGAGUGAACUUGGCCCUGAGGAUAACGGUGGGGAUCUUCCAGAUUGGCCUGCAGCAUUGGAAGGGAGGGAUGGUUUCAACCUAUCGGAAAGUGAAGGCAGGUUAGAGGGGCUGGGAUUUGCAACAGAAGGGGCUGAGAGCAGCCUGCCCAGUCCUUCCACUGGGGUGACAGUCAACCAGGGGGCACCCCCCGGCGACCCCACGUCUGGCGAUACACCUGAAAACAAGAAAGAUAGUGAACUACAGAACACAUCCAUGGCCAGCUCAGGGCCAACAUUCACGCCCAAACCACAGAAUGACAGUGUUCACUCCUCCCAACCGAGCCAAAUAAGGACUUUCCAUCCCAAUAAAGCCCCAUCUCAUCUGUCCAGUACUGUACCUCUGACCACAUCCACACAGACAGAGCUAACAUUGCUAAGGGACACAGUGGAGCUGGUAGCCUCCGUCGGCCCAGAGCCCCAAACUGGUACAGUCACAAACACAAGGGUUUUUACAAGCAUGAUUGGAAGUUUAUUUCCUGGAUUAAUUAGAAAGGGCACACAGCAGUCACACAUGGCUGACAGUCCUAAUGGAUGGAAUAUCUCUUACUUUACAGCGGCGAGAAGGAACCAGACCCCCAAAGCCGUCACCCUCCCAGUAACCGAGGUCGUGUCACUUCCUGCCAGCUCAACCAUCAUCAAGGGCAGCCAGAGUACUGAUGAUGGAGUGAUCAUCAGCCAUCACUGGGAGCAGGUUGGAGGUCCAUCCAUAGAGCUUGGAGCUUUCUCGGACACACAGAUUCCCAACCUAUCCAACCUUGCCCCUGGGGAGUACACGUUCAGGUUGACCAUUACAGAUUCUGCCGGGUUGUCAGAAUCCACCACGGCUACAGUGAAGGUUAUUCAGCAAGUGGAGAAUGACCGACUGCCCUACCCCAGCCAUGACACCCUCACUCCCACCUCCAGCCCUGGCCUUGCUGCUACCCUGGCCCACAGACAGGGUGACCCUACUGCAGCCACCUCCUCUGUCACUACCGCUGCCACUCAGAUGACAGAGAACAAAAACACCCCCAUAGCUGAGGUCAAGGAGUCAAACGGAGCCCCUGUGGCUGUAGUGGGUCCUAACAGGCAGCUGACCCUCCCAGUGACCAGCGUUACCCUGGACGGAAGCAGCAGCACUGAUGACCACGCCGUCACUAGCUACCACUGGGACACCAUCAGAGGUCCUCCAGGGUCAAGGACAGAGGGUGUGGACAAGCCCGUAGCCAUAGUAACGGGCCUCAGAGCAGGCCGCUAUACAUUUAGUCUGACUGUGAGUGACCAGGAAGGGCUGACAGACAGUGCCUUUCUCACAGUCAGGGUUCAAGAGGCCAGAAGCCUUCCCCCUGUAGCACAUGCCAGCGGCAGCCAUACCCUCACCUUGCCCAACAACUCCCUGGUGCUCAGAGGCUCAGUGACGGAUGGUGACCCAGCCGAGGUGCACUUCCUCUGGGUCCGGGACAGUCAGAGCCCUGCUGCUGGGGAUGUGCUGUAUGGUUCAGAGCAGCAGGCCUUCCUGUACCUGGCCAACUUGGUGGAGGGGACCUAUGUGUUCCAGCUGCAUGUCACAGACACCCAGGGACGCAGCAGCACCGCCACAGCCACCGUGGAAGUGCGGCCAGACCCUGGUGGUCGUGAGGAGGUAGAGGUGGAGAUGUUGGUGGCGCUGGCCCAGGUGAGUGUGUCACAGAAGGACACAGUGCUCAGACAGUUGGCAGCACUGCUCCACGUCCUGGACAAUGACAUCCACCUCAGGUGCCUAUGGGGACACUCAGAUCUCAGCACAGUGCUGAGGUUCUCAGUGCAGGGUCCUGAGGGGCCAGUCCCUGGUCCUAAACUGGCCAGUGUGCUGCGUGGUCAGCUGCUGAGGGAGAAGACUGACUACCUGCUCUUCAGAGUCCUUCGAGUGGAUACAGUCAUGUGCUUGCUCCGCUGCUCGGGCCAUGGGACGUGUGACCCAAUCACCAAGGAGUGUGUCUGUGACCCCUUUUGGACGGAGAACCUCAUUCGCAGGUUCUUUGGCGACGGAGAGAGCAACUGUGAGUGGCGGGUUCUCUACUUCAUCCUGUCCUUCUUCAUGGUCAUUGUCUUCAUCGUGACAGUCACUUGGGCAUGUGUGUACUGCUGCAAAAGGAGGAGUCGCACUAAGGUCAGGAAGAAAACCAAGUACACUAUACUGGACAACAUGGACGAACAGGAGAAAAUGGAGCUAAGGCCCAAAUACAACAUCAAACACAGGAGCACAGAGCACAACUCCAGCCUCAUGAUGUCCGAGUCAGAGCUGGACAGUGACCAGGACACCAUCUUCAGCCGAGACCGACCGGUCCGGAGCAGAAACCGGACCAAUGCUCAGGCUGCCCGCAACGGGAACACCUUCGGAUGAGUAGGAACACACAGAACUGGGGUGGUUAUCAGACAACAUGAGUGAAACCCACUUUUGGGAUUAUGGCAGGGGUGCACAGCUCGAGUGCCAUAGUGUCUGCUUGUUUUCGGUCUCGUCUUCUAUUCAAAUACUUGUUACAACCAGGUGUGUACUUUCUAUGACAUUCAUUGGACAACUCAGCACCAGGGAGAUGUGAAAAUCCAAGGGCCGUAGAAUACUAUAGUUGGGCAUCCCUGGAUUCUGGGAACUAACAGUAGCAUUGAGUUUACAUGCAUACAGACUGUUUGAAUGAUUCGACACUAAGUAUGAAGGUGCUCUUUGUGAGGAGCACAGUGAGGUUCUGUGGCCUCACAUACUUCUACAGAUAACCAGAUUGGUGAAUGUACAUACAACUAUCCAUUAUGCAUACUAGUCUACCGACUACUACUGACCUUUAACUUUGCCUUGUUAUCCAAUGUUUUUUUACUGUCAUUAUUCUAAGGAAAUGGAGACAAGCCCAACCCUGGUUGUGAGCGUCUGAUGCCUCUCCUGUAAAUUAUUUGACAAAUUGGAUUUGUCAAAAUGGCUUGAGUGCACAUUUGAGGAAAAAGUGUCAUGAUUCUUACAUUUACUACCCAAAGUCCAUCUUGUGAUGCUACUCGUGAAUGAUUUAAUCAGAAUCUAACUCAAUUUCUCUGUGAUCUCUCUCUAUGAGUGUCUUGGACUUUGACACAAUACAACACAGCAUUUUACUGUAUCUGAACUACUGUAUUGAGCUUGCACCCUUGUCCUCCAAACUAGUUGUAUAGUUUUGGUAUCUUUCUCAUUUUAAAGCUUAUUUAUGCUAAAUAAGCAUAAUAGGUCUCAUAAAUGGGCCCGAAGAAACAGAACCAGGCAUUUCAUGGGACAAUCCAUAAAGGUGCCAAACUGCACUAUGCACCAUAAACCUGUGGCUGACAGAGACCCUGUUCUAUCCAAGUACUUGGCAAAGCAUCCUUUCUUCCUUCCCUUGGUAAGAUCUAUUAUCUAACUUGAACAUGGUGGGUGACAUGCUUUCAAUCAGUAAUUCCUUUUGUGUAAUGAUGGAUUUUUUGCCUCCUGAAUUCAGUGUCAGAGAAUGUCUGAUUACAUGAGUAUAGUGCAAAAUAAUGAUUGACAGGACAGUCAGGAGUUUAAGGGUUAAGAAGAGGACUGUUGGAUUUGAUAAGUAACGUUACUAUGCAGGACAGGUAACCAUUGAUGGAAUGGAUGAAAUACUUUAGACAUUAAAGCAACAUAACCAUGUCCAAUGGUUGCUUUACAUUUUUUGUUCUCGUAAGCGACUGGGGAGAUAUUUCCCCAAUAUGGACGGAAACACUAACAGUCAUGGAUUUUUCCCAUUACACCACCCACUUUUUGGUAUUUGCUCUGUUUACUUCACUAAUUACAGCUACCAAUGUUUUUACAGAUAAUAUAUUGCCAGAAAUAAAACAAAUGCAUCAAAUCAAUGAACAGUGU